GAGCCUCGGAGCACCGGGCCGAUUAUCAGAGGUCCGGGCUCGCACCGGGCCCACAGCGGCUGCUGGAGCGCUCCCGGUCCCGGUCCCGGUUCCGUCUGCCGGUGCGCGUGCAUGCGGGCGGAGGAGCGAUGCGCUGAAACAGGCCUGACGUCACCGCAGCUUUCAUCCUCAGCGCGUUCUGAAGGUUCUCAGUGACGUGCCUGUAGCGCGGUGCUGGAGCAGCCAUCAUGCCGUGCUCCUGUGCAGAGUGGAGGCGGUGGAUCCGCCCGCUGGUCCUGGUUCUUUACGCCCUGCUGCUGGUGGCCGUGCUGCCGCUGUGCGUCUGGGAGCUGCAGAAAGACAAGGUGGGGACUCACAGCAAGGCCUGGUUCAUCGCCGGCAUCUUCGUCUUCCUGACGAUCCCCAUCUCUCUGUGGGGCAUCCUGCAGCACAUGGUGCACUACACCCAGCCCGAGCUGCAGAAACCCAUCAUCAGGAUCCUGUGGAUGGUGCCGAUCUACAGUUUGGACAGCUGGCUCGCCCUGCGCUACCCCAGCCUGGCCAUCUACGUGGACACGUGCCGCGAGUGCUACGAGGCCUUCGUCAUCUACAACUUCCUGGUGUUCCUGCUCAACUUCCUGAGCAACCAGUACCCCAGCCUGGUGCUCAUGCUGGAGGUGCAGCAGCAGCAGCCUCACCUGCCGCCGCUGUGCUGCUGCCCGCCAUGGCCCAUGGGCGAGGUGCUGCUCUUCAGGUGUAAACUGGGAGUCCUCCAGUACACCGUGGUGAGACCGGUUACCACGGUGAUAGCACUCAUCUGUCAGCUGUGUGGAGUUUACGAUGAGGCCAACUUCAGCUUCAGGAAUGCCUGGUCCUACCUGGUUAUCAUCAACAACAUAUCACAGCUGUUCGCCAUGUACUGCCUGCUGCUGCUGUACCGAGCCCUCCGGGAGGAGCUGACUCCCAUCAGGCCCGUGGGGAAGUUCCUGUGCGUCAAGCUGGUGGUGUUCGUCUCCUUCUGGCAGGCCGUUUUCAUCGCCUUCCUGGUCAAAGUGGGAGUGAUCUCAGACAAACACACCUGGGACUGGGACAGCGUGGAGGCGGUGGCCACGGGACUGCAGGACUUCAUCAUCUGCAUAGAGAUGUUCCUGGCGGCCAUCGCUCACCACUACACCUUCACCUACAAGCCCUACGUCCAGGAGGCAGAGGAGGGCUCGUGUUUCGACAGCUUCCUGGCCAUGUGGGAUUUCUCCGACAUCAGAGCCGACGUCACCGAGCAGGUUCGCCACGCCGGUCGCACGUUUCUGGGUCGUCCCAACAAGAUGUAUUUCGGCGCCGUGGCUCGACCGGAACACACCGAGCACACCGGGCUGCUCAACGCCGCUUCGCAGGACCCGCUCGCCGCCGCCGCCGCCUCCGUGCCCUCCUCGCCUUCGGCCAGCGGGCGCUACCAGGGGCUCGGUCACACCCCCGCCCCCCACUCCAUCUCCGCCCCUGCCGGCUUCACCACGCCGUCCUGGGAGGACGACGGCGGCAGCGGCGAGCCGUGACGGCCAGAGGAAGACCUGAAACCACGUCAAAGCCAUGAUGAGCCGACACUUCGCCACGAUCUAAAGACACUCAGAUGUACAGUACAUGUUUGGAAUCUGUGUUUUGAUGUGAAUCCCUGUGAUUUUGAUAAAUGUUCGAGCGGAGCAGGUUGUUCUUGGAGCUUUUUGAUGAGUUUGUUCAAACUCACAAUAAAUCCACGUCAUGAGUCAUUUCGCUUUCCUCCACCAGCGCCAUCGCCGGCUCAAACAGUCGAAACACUGAACACACAACAAACAAAACCCAGCUCAGCUGAGACCACCUCCUGAUGACCAACCACAGAAACCUGCGCGACAGAAGAAAUCAGGAUUUCAUCAUGGAGUCUUUCCUGAUUUCCAGAAGCAACAGAGUUGCUCUGAGCUGCAUUUAGCCGGGAUUUUCAGUCUGAAGGCAACGUUUUCAAAAAACAGCAAACUUCUGUUGCAUUUUGGGAAUAUGUUUACACAAGGAAACUCAGAGUUGCUGAAAAACGUGGCUUUUUAAAAAAAAAAAAACAAUUUUUG